AUGUUGGAAAUAUUGGAUAUCAGAAGUGAUGAUAUGGCAACAGCGGAUGUGACCGUUAAGCAGCCUUAUCCUAAAUUUGAUUUGGCACUAAUGGAAAAGUUGGCAAUAACUUGUCCUCAUAUUAGGAUUCUGAGAUUGAAUUUUAAUAUGGUAGGAUUGAAUUCUGAC